AUGGCUACCCCCAGUUUUCUUACCUUUGAUACUGAGGGUCAUGCUGUUGACUUUGAGGUCUGGGUCGAUGACCUCCAGCUGUUCCUCCAGUGCGAUAGGGCAGACGGCCUCUCCCUGUUCGACCUCACCUCUGGUGCCUUCCCUGCCCCGCCUGCCACCGCUGACAGCACUGUUCGCUCACAGUGGGCGACACGCGAUGCUGCUGCCCGUCUUGCAGUGCGUCGCCACUUACCGGCCAUUGAGCGUGCGCACUUUAGCCAGUACAAGAGUGCUCAGACCUUGUACGACGCUGUAGUUGCACGCUACUCUUCCCCUGCCACUGCUGCACUGAGCCGCCUCAUGCUACCGUACCUCUUCCCUGACCUUGCUGCCUUUCCCACAGUCGCUGACCUCAUUACGCACCUCCGCACUAGUGACACUCGCUACCGCGCUGCGCUUCCCACUGAGUUCUGCGCCAAGAACCCCCCCCCUAUGUACAUCACCCUCUACUACAUAGUCACCCAGCUCCCUGACUCUCUUCGCUUAGUCAGGGACCACUUCCUCUCAGUUUGCCCGACCACACUCACCGUUGACCUCCUCAAGGAGCGCCUCCUAGCAGCAGAGAAGAGCAUAGUCGCUGGGUCGGCGCCGCGUCUGCCCUUAGCGGGAGACGCCGCACCGGCAAGGGGUAGGGGGGCAAGGGAGCUGGAGGGGCUAGCGGGGGCGGUGGAGGUGGUGGUGGUGGCAGUGGAGGGGGUGGGGGUGGUGGUGGGAGUGGUGGCGGGGGUGGCGGCGGCGGUGGCAGCAGUGGAGGCGGAGGAGGCGGCGGCGGUGGCGGAGGGAGCGGAGGCGGCGGAGGUGGCGGAGGUGGCGGAGGUGGCGGAGGCGGCGGCGGCGGCGGCGGUGGAGCUGGUCGCGACUCUGCGCAGAGGAGUGGGUCCGGUGGUGGUCCGCGCCAGCAGCAGCAGCGCGGUCGUGAGACCCUGUCCCCUCAGCAGCUUCGUGAGUGGUACGCUGCGCUUCAGCGCGGUGGGGGUACUGGUCCCUGCACUUACGUCCUCCGUACCGGCGACCGCGCUGGUGAGCAGUGCGGGGGCCCGCACUCCACCCAGCGCUGUUUCGGCCGCCUGA